UAGAUGCUUUGCUGCCCAAUCACCACUGCUAAGAAGCUUUAGCAGAUAUAUGCACAUCAUAAGAUGUUAUUUUCCACCGUUUAAAUAUUUCAACUUUUGCCAGACGGACCCCCCCAGUGGACCAUAUCUGUUUGGUGUGAAUCGGCCAGCCCAGCUGUUUCCCGCCAAUUAUUACUCAUUCUGCUAGCGUAUCGCAGGGUUCUACUGUCUUACAACCGUAAAUAUUCUCGUAUUUUGAGGAUAUUUCUGAGUGAUUCUUGUUUCUUGUGGCAAAGAUGGCACUUUAUUCACGGAGUAACGAUAGGAGAAGGAUUAUGGAGGAAAUUCGACUGCGGGAGAUGGAUAUUGCAGCCGCAAUCGGAAAGCAAAGGGAAUGUUCCCCAAAGGGACACUUAGAAAAUGAGAAGAGAGUCCGCCGAGAAAUAGCAAACAGCAAUGAACGUCGCCGAAUGCAGAGCAUCAAUGCCGGAUUUGAGUCCCUGAAAACACUCAUUCCCCAUCACAAUGGUGAAAAACUCAGCAAGGCUGCCAUCCUUCAACAAACUUCAGAGCAUAUCAGCAGUCUGGAGACUGAGAAGACCAAACUCCUGGCCCAGAAUGCUCAUCUGAAGAAAAUCCUCCUUGAAGUUUCCAAUGAGAGGGAUGAGUACUUCAAUGAAUCUCCACCUCCUAAAAGAAAGAAAAGAGACACAGAAUCGUCAGAUGAAGGAAUAAGUUUAGGGAGUUCCAUAGACAGUAGCAGUGAAGAAUCAAAUGAAGACCUGCAAAGGGAGAUAAUUGAAUUGCGCCGUCAGUUGGACCGAGAACGGUGGCUACGUAUGAUGUAUGAAGAGCGACUUCGAUCAGUGGAGAGCCAGAUCUACCCAGACCGCAUCCGUCACAUUGCAGCCCAUGUGCAAGCUUCAAUUCACAUACAGAACGAAAAGGCUUUGCAAGCCAAUGUGACAGAAGUGUCCGAGGAUAAUGAAAAAGUUACCAUCAAGGAGGAAGAUCCCAAAGCUGCCUUGGAAUCAUCAAUGUCACGGAAAAACUUAGAGACAAUUGUGGAAGCUAUUCGUCAUUUGGAAGGUGACAGGAUUCUUUUCGAUGAGCGGAAAGCAGACGAGAAACAGCCAAUUCCAAAUGGUGAAGAAAGUGACGAGAAGGAAAGUUGUAUGAGUGACCAAGAGGAUACCAAAUCAGACAGUUCAGGUCGGGAUUCCCCACUGAGAUAUACACAACAUCAGCUACCGAGUGCGGUUCGGUCAAAUUUCAGUGAUAAGUACCCCAUCGCGACAGACUUGCUACAUCGGCCGCUGCAGGCUCAGUACUACCGACCAGGUGUGAUUGUACACAAGUCAUGAGGAUGGCUAAGGGCUGUUUAAGACUCUGUACAUACACAGCAUUGCAUCAUCAUCAUCAUCAUCAUCAUCAUCAUUUUCCUGUACAUUAUUCGCUUCAUUAUGACAAAAGUGCUAUUUCAUUGUUCACUAUGAGUCAUUUUGUCCCCAUGGAUCACGAUCAGUGGAUCAUAUGUCAUGCAUUUCAUUGCGCAUUCUUUGCGACCAUUUUGUCAGGCAUUUUCAUUGAAUCACAGAGUUAAUAUAUUUAUAUUUAUGGAAGCUUCAUUUUUGAUACAUUGUUUGUUUUGUAUUGUUACUGUAUUGCAAAACAUUAGGUCAUUGUCAAAUCUUGCGUUUCUCUUGCAUCUUUGGUCGCCAUGACGACAUUUCAAACAUAGAUUCUGUUGAACAUUCCAACUGUGAGACAGCUUUGAACCAAAACGUUGACAUCAAUACUGGUGUAACUGUUACAGUAUUGUCAUAAGGAAUCAUUCAGUUUUCCUACAAGUAAAAGACACAAUUUGCUGUGAACUGCUAUAUAUGCAUCUGAAAAUUUAAAACCUGGCAUUUAAAAAUUUGUCAACACUCAUUAAAGGUAAAGACAAUAUCAAAAUGUUGACAAAUAGUGUUCCGCAAGUUCUCAUUUGAACUUGUUCCAUUCUGUGUAUAAAUGUAUAUAGGAAGUUUCAAUUACAUGUUCCUGGGGAUUGUCCUGCGAUGAUGUUCCACUCUAGCCAGCUGCACCAUCUUCUCUGCAGUGUACGUGUAUACAUACAGUCUAUAAUAUAUCUGUGUGGUCAUGGCUUGUCAAACAAAUAAAAUCUUGUUUCAGUAAUCUGCAAACUGUUGAAAAAUAUCUUAACAUAAAUUGGGAUAUGUUUCUGCAAACCUUUUCUUUCAUUUUCAAUCCAAAAUGCACAUUCUGAUAUUUUAACCAAUGUAUUGUGAUUAUGUUUUCUGGUUUUGCCAAGUUUCUGUAUUGGUUAGGCAGGACAGUUCCCAGGUAACAGUGUGUAAAUAGUUAAGUCUGUUGUUGAGUAUUGUCCUAUGUGCUGUGUGUUGAUCUAGCAGUAGCACAGGAGAUCUUCUUGUUACAUAUUUUAACGUAAUUACAAUGCACACAACAAUGCAAUGGUGGUAAUUGUUGCCCAGGUAACCGCAUUGACCAAUGACGGUUUUCCUGGUGGCACUAUUGACCAAUCAGAUUCAAUGUUUGAUUUUGUUUUCUGACCGUUUCAUGUAUUCUGCAACCCUUUGUCUGGACAGAGCACUAAGCUUGGAUUGUAGCACGGUUGGCUGUUGAAGAGUUAAUUCUCACCCAAUGGAUACCAAAAGCAUUAACAAAUAGCAUCGCCUCUUAUCUGUAUUAUGCUAGUGUCGUUAUGUGAUUGUCGUAACUUCGUUCAAAGAAACUUAUUUCAGUUCCACAACAAAACUUAGAAUAAAUGAGGUGUUACUAAGGAUUUUUUUCAGGCCACAAAGUACCCUUCUGUUAUUAAAUAUGCCAUUAUUAAAACUUUGAAUAAUGUUUGAGAAAAUUUGUGGUAGGGGUGUUAAUGUUUUUAUGAAUUCAGCGUCAUAUUCACUGGGUGAUGUAUUGACAGUGCCAAUAUUAUACAAAUCUGAGAAUUGUAAGGUAUCUCUUAGCUUGUAGUUUGUCUGAAGAUGCAGGAAUCUAGCGGCUUGUUAUCUAUGCAACAAAUACUGUGUACUUUCUUAAUGUUGAUGUUGUCUUUGGCCAGCACAAGUUAGGAUCUGUUGAAUUUCACAAUGUUCCACAAUGUCAAACUGUUGUUACCAUGUUUAAGAUCAUCCAAUAUUUAGUGUUUUCAAUAUUACAUUAAUUUACACCUUAUUUGCCGAAUAUGAAAUAUUUGGCUUUUUUACAUGAAGACUUUUCUAGGUUUAUUUUAUUUGAUUGUCUUCAGUCAAGCUUUUGUGACGAAUUCAAAGUUUACUUUUGUUAAGGAUUGAUGUUAGUUACGAUACUUGUUAAGUUGAUUGAAUUUGCUGAGGUUUCAGGUUUUCUUGAAAAAGAAAUUUUCAUGGUAAUACAAGGUAUUAUUUUUUUAUGAAACUUGGUAGGCAUGUUGUGUAAUACAUUAGGCAGAGCGGUGCCUAGCUUGCAGCUGUGAUGUUUUUCUGACCGCAUGAUUCUUGCAUCUUUAGAUAUGGUAGUCCUAGCCUCCUCGUGGGGAUGUAGCGCGUCCGUCUGGCCAGCCUCAUCGGUCAGAUGCACAGACGGGCAAUGUAGCAUGUGAAUGUAUCGUCUGCUUCAUGAUAAAGUGGUCAAUAUUAAAAAGUGUGAAAGAAAA